AUGUAGACAGCUGCUCUUGUAAACAGCCUAAUAUAAAGUAAUAUCUGGAAUGAAUGACGUCUAAUGGGUUGAAAUUUGCAAAUCAAACAUGUCCAAACUUUCUGUACUUUUCAGACACACUAGAUGCGCAUGCGUACAAUCGUGAAACCUCCCUAAAUUAUUUGCGCUUAUCUGAUUGGUCGUCAGUGAGGACGCGUUUUAUGGCGGCGUAAACAAUGUCUGCUGCAACUGCCUGAACUUCAUUGAACUAUUCGACCCGGGUACUGAUAAUAAUACCAUUUGCGGACUAACACAAUUCUCUUUUAUAGUUUAGGCUCACUGGCCACCACUGCGACACAAAAAGCGGUGUAAAAACGACCAGCUAGUCUUUAGCUAUAGCUACAUCUCCGCUGCAGAGUUCAUAGAGCGGCUCUAGCGGAGGCAUUGGCAGAUCUUACCCAGAUGGACUGUGUCGUGACUGGAGGAAACGUGAAAGUACUUGCCAAGGCCAUUCAUUCCCUUUCGAGGAUCGGGGACGAGUUGUACCUAGAACCACAGGAAGAUGGGCUGACCCUCCGGACUGUGAUGAUUUGAUGUGAUAUGAUGAUUCUGCUCUGUUCCUCCUGGUCGUAGCUGACCCUCCGGACUGUGAACUCCUCGCGUUCGGCCUACGCCUGCUUCCUAUUCGCUCCACUUUUCUUCAGCAGGUAUGUUAACCCAGAGGGACAUGGCUUCCGCUGUAAGAUGGCCAUUAAGAGUGUGCAGGCGGUCUUCAGGUCUCUGGCCACCCUGGAAAAGACGGUGGAGAAGUGCCACAUCGAGCUGGACGCAGACCGGAACCGGCUGACCUUCACCCUGCACUGUAAACAUGGGCUGCUGAAGACUCAUAACCUCUCCUUCCAGGACAGCGAGAGCCUGCAGGCCGUGUUUGACAAGGACAGCUCUACUAACGUGCUCAAAGCGCAGCCAAGGGUGCUCACGGACACCGUGCUAAACUUCCCUCCAUCUCUCGAUGAAGUGACGGUUACCGUGAGCGACGAGCGGGUCUGGUUCAGGAACCACGUCGACCAGGAAGCAGAGCCGUCCAAGGCCAUGCUCACAGAGCUGUGCUUGUCUUCAGACGAGUUUGACCACUUUGAAGUCAGAGCUCGAAGCAGUGUCACCUUCUGCCUCAAGGAGCUAAGGGGUCUGCUGGUGUUCGCUGAGUCCACCGGUCUGCCUGUCUCCAUGUACUUUGACAAGCCCGGCAGUCCUGUCGUGCUGUCGGUGACGGACAGCGUUCUGGACGGUAACUUCGUGUUGGCCACGCUGUCCGAUGAGUCGGGGGUCCAGACCUCUGACCGAACUGGCACGCCAGCGCCCCCUGCUGACGACUUCAUGAACGACGAGCUGGAGUCGUACCUCAUCGCCAUGGAUACUAGCAUGGCAGCAGGGCCCUCGGUCCCGGCCCCCCUGGCCCCCGGCCGGGUGGUGUCCCCCACUGCCACGCCCGACCCAUGGAGCCCAGCCCACAGCGAGCCAGGAGAGGACCUGACAGAGGAGGAGGAGGAGCCUGGAAGACCCCCCAAUAAGAAGUUCCGGUCUCUGUUCUUCGGGUCGGUGUACCCCCCUGGCUCUCCGCUGGGCGGCCACACCCCAAGCAGCCAGAAGGUGCUGGCCAGCGACAGUGAGGACGACGGAUAGAGGCAGGGCCAGUGAGGGGCCCGCCUUCAGCCCGCCUCUGAGGCCCGCCCCUGAGGUCAGACCAGGCCCACCACUGAGGCCAGCGACUGUGGGAAUGACCUGAGGCCAUCGACAGUGAGGACAGCUAAAGGCAGGGCCCCUGAGGGCCUCGGGCGUCAGGGGUCGCCCGUGAGGCUGAAUCCAGAGGGGGA